GUAACGCUUCACGUCCGACGGACUCUGGUGUUUCGACUCUGCUUGCGUUCUCAUUUGAGAGAGUCAAGUCAAAAGCUGCGUAUGCGACAAUGGCUGUGAGCUGCUGAGUUCUUUCUGCCCAGGAUCCUUGCAGAAUAUGGUACGGUUUUGGAAGGUGCUUAGCUAGCAUCUGUCAGACAACCUCAAGAUGGGCCGGCAAGCUAGCGCAUAUGUGGCGCUUAUAUGGUCACCAUCAGCUCAUGCAGCUCCCCAUCAGAUUUUCGUUUGAAUGUGAUCAUGCCCAGCAGUCACCUCCAGCACAAGUAGAUAUUUAGUUUGGGCAGAUUAAGCCCCAAAUCACCACGUGUAAGGCACGGCAGGUUAGGAACGAGAAAGCACUAUUAACUGGUAUGUUGAACCUGGGCAUCGUAACAGUCUAAGCUUUGACCCUAGUGCCUGAGCUGGAAGCAUGGUCCAGGGUGAAGCAGCGCAGGAGUAGGCCUAUGCAGUCUGAGCACCUUUGAGCUGCCACCAUGACGUCAGUACAGUCUGCGAUGUUGUGUGAACAAAUGCAGGAUGGCGAGCAAGAAGCGCUGCAGGCGGCACAAAGGGGGGAAGAAGGUGCCCAAACUUCGAUAGCGAAUGCUCAAAAGGCGCGAGCAAAAGUGCACCCCCUCGAAGCGUCGCAGCAAGAUGUCCCAGCACCCAUUCGGCGCUGCUUCGCGACUGUCAACCUGGACGCGAUUGCGGACAACUUGCGGGUGGUCCGGAAGGUGGCCCCGCGUGCGGCAGUGUGCGCGGUACUCAAGGCCGAUGCUUAUGGGCACGGAAUGGUUCCGGUCGCCAGAACGUUGGUGGCCGGAGGGGCGGAAUGGCUGGGCGUGGCACUCGUGGAAGAGGCAAUUGAACUCAGGAGAGCGGGGAUUGAGACUCCGAUCCUCGUUUGGGGGCAGACAUACGAGGGGGCCUACGAAAUGAUGGUGGAUUUCGAUCUGACGCCGGUGCUGUGCACAGUGGAUCAGUUUGAGGCGUUGUCAGCGGCUGUGAGGCCGGGUGCCACGUGGAAGGUCCACGUGGAGGUGGACACGGGGAUGGCGCGAGCGGGCGUGCCCUGCCGCGAUCUGGCAGCCUUCGUUAAGAGCGUCGCGCGGUUCAAGAACGUCAGCAUCGAUGGGCUCAUGACGCACCCCGCAAACGCGGAUAGCCCCAGCGACGGUUUCAACCGGAUGCAGCUUCACCGGUGGCGGGAAGCGUUGGAGAUCGCCACCUCCUGUGGGCUUAACCUGGCCUGGUUACACUUCGCAAACAGCCCGGGCGCCCUCAGCCUGCCGAAAGCGGGCGCAAACCUGAAAGCACGGCUGGUCGGGACGGUGUGCAUGGACUACUGCAUGGUUGACGUCACGCACGUGGCUGGGGUGACGCGAGGGGAUGAGGUGGUGCUGUUGGGAGAGCAGCAGGGGGCGAGCAUCGAUGCCGCGGAAGUGGCGGAGUGGGCAGGGACCAUCAGCUACGAGAUUGUAUGUAACAUUGGCCGGAGAGUGCCGCGGCGGUACGUCGGGGGCCUACGUUGACAAGUAUUCUGGUAAACUGAUUGGCCAAUAUAAUCUUAAUCAUUUAAGCGUCAACGAGAGCGUUAGCAGUUGCAGGCGCAAGAUUGAGAGCGUUCACGCGUUCUAUCCACUAUCUAUUGCAUAAGGAGGGUUGUCCAUUGAAAUCGCGCAACCAUAUGGGAGUACAAGUUGCUUUCUGAGUCUUCAAAGCAUUGAGGGGUUUUCCAGACUAAUGUCAAUCACCUACGGUCUGAGAUUUUCAAGUGUGCUAUUGAGCUUGGCAAUAACAUAUAAUUUCAAUACCAGCUCAACAGAUCAUGAAAGUGUUGGAACCGCAGUCAUACUUUCCAUCACCAUUGAACCUCACGUAUUCACGAGUUCUAAGACUAGAAAGCCAAAAAGCAAAGCUUUCAAAGCUCCAAACCCUUUUUCAUUGAACAAAUCACUGCCUCGAACUGCUUCGAC